UGGUACUCUCUUGGGGCUCGGAUUCCACUGGCUGACGUCGUUUCUGUCUGUGAGUGUCGACAGGCAGAAAACACGUCAGCCGAUCGACACCCUGAGCCGCGAGAGACCACAUAGACACACCUGCAUUGAGUGGCUGGGCGGGCAAGGCAAGUGACCAGUGCGUCUGAAUGAGGGAGGGUAUCAUGAUGUCGUGAUGCAUGUGGCGGGUGGGCGGUGUGGUCCGUCGGCCGGAGAUCAACGGCCUGGAGGGCAGGGUGGGGGAGGUCCUGCCGCCACACACACAACUCAACAAAUCGGACGUCACACGGUGGGGGUCACACGCAGACGAAAGUGGUUACACAGACAGGCCCGCAUGUGUCUGUCUGUCUGUCUGUUUGUCUGUGUGUGUGUGUGUGCAGGUACCGUGUUAGUCUGUCAGUGUGCGCCACACACGAGCUGUCACUGCGUGGCGACAAUGUGCUGCGGAUUCCCCGGGCUGCGCGCGACCCGCUGAGCCACCUGGUGGCCUCACUCACCGGCAUGCACAUCAACUGACUAACGGCCUGACUGCCUGACUUGGUGGGCGGGCGGCCCGCGGGUGGGCAGCCAUGGCCAUAUCAUCUCUACCUGUGUCCCUUUGUGGGCUGCGGACGGCAUUUGGCUGAGGCUGCUGCGCUGCAUGGCGCGGCCGCUGUGUGUAUACGAGUGAGACCCCAUCCAUGCCUUCUGACUACUGUCGUGUGUCGUGUCACACACACCGAUGGGCCGGUGACUCGUCCUCGAUCGGUCACCCCACACACAUGGGGGCGCACGAAUGACAGACACUGGGAAGACAGCGGCUGUGAGAUGAUACACCCGACGUUACACCCGUCGAUCGAGUCGUGUCUGUUCCACGUUUGUUGCAUGAAAAGCAAUCACAUACACAUCACAACUGUGUGCGCUUUCAACAGUCGACAAGUCACACAGACAAAUAAACACACACCCGCAGCCGGCAUUAAGUGGAUGGAUGGACGACGGCAGUGGCUUCUGUGCCUGUCUGAGAAUGAGUGUACAACGCCGUGGUGAUGGACUCAGUGGGUGUGUGUUGUUCUUUGAGUGUUCUUUGAGUGGUACGCCAUGCUCUUCAGAGGGCUUCUCUGUCGAGCGGGGCAUAGCCAACAGAGAAUACCAGCCGUUUACACACACAUUGG